AUGUCUAGACUCCGCUCGUUACUUGAAUCUGCAUCUGCUUCUAUCAACGUAGCAAUAGAUGAAUUAAAUACACGUGAAAAAGCUGAAGAGCAAGAAAUCCGUUACAUAUUAGAUGGCGAUUCGAUUAAGGCUGUCACUAGCAGCAGUAAAUCUGUCCAUAAGGCAACUCUCCGUAAUGAAAGUUUGAAUGCCAACAAUGACAACCACGUUUCGAUGCGCAAUUCACCGAUCAUUAGAAUCCCUAAUCUUUCGUCUACGGCCGAAAUCGAACGCAGACCAACCGGGGUAGUCAACUCAAAACUCGCACAAGUUGCGCAAAAACUCGAUGUACCUCUUUCCGAUUUGGACAUUCACGAUAAAAAACAUUGGGCAAUCAGCACUCUUCUCGAUGAAGACGAUGCUGCCUAUAUUGCUGCUAAGAAGAGGUUCCUUGUAGGAUUACCUCAAGCAACUAUACGAGCCAUUAUAAGGUUGCAAAUGCCUCAAUAUAUUGUCGAUAAUCAUAUUGCAUACAAAGAGCGCAUGGCUUCAGAGUGGAAUAUGACACCCACUCAAAUAACGCAGAAGAUGUAUCAUGGUACGAAGAAGGUUUGCAAUCCGUUCGACCUUAUAAAUGGUGGGAGGCGUUGUGAAAACGCUGCGUGUGGCUUAUGUGGAAUAAUGAGAGCAGGGAAUAAGGGUAAUUUAGGGAAAUGCGGAGGAAGCCGGAUGUGGUUUGCAAAUUCGUCUUCAAUAUCUCGUGGUUAUUCGGGAAGUGGUGGAUUAUUAGUUAUGUUCAUGGUAGAUGUUAUUUACGACUCUCCAAAUCAUAUUAUAAUUGUAGAUAAGGAUGAGGCCACAUUACCGCGUUUCCUAAUAUUAUACGAGGGAUAA